AUGGCCGGAGCAAAAGCUUUGAGACACAAGUUGAAUGAAGAAUUUCUGACUUGUCAAAUAUGUCUAAAUACAUACGACGACCCGGUUUUGUUGGAUUGUCAACAUUCGUUUUGCAGAAAUUGUGUGGAUCAAUGCGUGACUAUGAUUUCAGGUGGAAUACAUUGCCCAGUUUGUAGACAACGGACUCUAUUACCGAGAAAAAGUGGAUUGUCGAAUUUGAAGAAGAAUUUUUUUGUCCAGAGUCUAAUAGACACUAUUAAAGGUCGCAGAGAGUCCAAUGCAUCUACAAUAUCUUUAAUAUGGGAGGAAAUUGGAUCAGGAGAAUCAAAAAUAAUCAGAAGACGUCAUCCUUUAUGUGAUAUAUGUGACGAUGAAGUAAAAGCAAUGAUGAGAUGUUUGGAUUGUUCAGAUUAUUUAUGUGGAGAUUGUCACCUUGUUCAUUGUCAGACAAAGUUUACACGGAAUCAUAAGAUAGUGACGCUUGGUAGUCUAAAGACCGGAAAAUACAGCUCGGAAAUUCAAGCUCGAGCAAAGAUAUUUUGUUCUCGCCACGAGGAUGAGAUUUGUCGAAUGUUUUGUCAAUGUUGUAAAAUUCCCGUUUGUCAUGAUUGUAUACAAGAAACUUGUGGACAACAUCCAUUAAUACAAGUUAAAGCCGCAGUUGAAGAUGUCAAAAGACGUUCCAGUGAACUUGUUAUCUCAAUAGGGAAGGAGAUUUCAGACUCAAAAGCGUUGGUUGAUUCAAUAUUGGAAACAAAAACAAAACGUAAAAAUGAAAAGGAAAUCAUCUUGCGUGACAUUGAAAAACAUACAAAAUCUAUUAUAGCGUCUGUGAAAAAAAGAGGGAAAGCCUUGAAUGAGGCCUUGAAGCAACUUCUAAACGAUCACAACAAAUAUCUCGGUAAAUAUGAACAACUUGAAACAAAAAAAUUAAAUGAAAUUGAAAAGACGUUCAAUGGUUUUCAAAUCAAACAUCAAACUACUUUAUCAUCUGGAAGUCCAACAGAUAUUUUGAAUUUGUUGAGCACAGUUGAAGAAAUGGAAGGGAUUGUUCAAUCAAACUCGAGAGAAUGUGUCGAUGACAUAGAAUUGAAAGAAAUUUUAAGAUGUCAGGAUCCACUUGUGAAAUUGACGACACCAUCAAACAACGAAGAAAAUAGAAAGAUGAAAAUUUCGCACUGUAUGGGGAAACUAAUGUGUAAAGACGUGUUGCAGAAAGAUUCUCCUAAUACAACAUCUUAUUUGGAGAAAGGACUUAUAUCCUUUGGAGAAACCGAAGAUUCUACUAACAAUAAUAUACCUGAAGAAAAUGAGGAUCCACAAUAUUGUGAAAUUAAUGACCUUGAAGCUGAAAACGGUGAUACAAAUGCCACAAACGCAACUCAAGAUAAUACUGAUCCAAACCAGGACGCUUUGUACGCAAAAAUUCCCCGCAGGAACAAGAGAGCAAAAGCAAUACGAAGACCUCAAACUUUAUCAGAUGAUGUAACAAAUUCACCGAGUAUGAACCUUAGACGGAAAUUAUAUCACACUGAUGAAGAGCCGAUCCUCAUGAACGAUACAGUAAUGUGUUCAACAAGUAGUUUUGAUGCCAGCGAAUCGACAAUAUUCAGCGCUGAAGAUUCACACGAUGGAUGGUCUCUGAACAGUCUUGUGGAGAAUAAUGGAAGUCAUGCAUUGCAAAAUAUAACCCCGCGGAGGGACGAUUCUUCCGUGAGGCGAUCUCAGUCUCUAGCUUUAUUAUCAGAUCAAAUCAAUGGUAUUCGAAGACCCACGCCUAAACCGAGAAAAGUCCUCAUGGCCUCUUCAGUGGAAAUGCUGAAUGCUACAGACAGUGGUGAUAUUAUGUCACGCCCGAAUUCUCUACUUGAUGACGUAAUGAUAAGGCAGCCAAUAAGAAUUCGAUCCACAGAGAAUCUUUGCAACCGUAGAAGCAGACCAGACGUUGACGUCGGUACGGUAAUCGUGAGUACCUUCGAAAUUCAUGGACAACCAUGUACGUUUACUUCUGCACCGAAAGUCGCACUAUUAACCAAUGGAAAUAUAGUCGCAUCGGAUUACAAGGCACAGCGUAUUUUCCGUUUCACGGCGGGUGGUAACUUCAUCAAUAGUUUCAAACUUAUUGCUGGUGGAAGAGGAUUAAAUCCAAUUGGAAUUUCAACUACUAAAAAAGGAAAAAUAGUUGUAACUUGCGGUGAAACCGUUCGUGUCUUUGGAGUCACAGGAAAGUCAAGCAAAAAAUUUGGAAUGACGUUCUUUGGUAAAUCAUGUGGAGUAGCUGUAGAUAAAAAGACGAAUAAAAUUGUAAUCACAGACAUUGAAAAGAGCUGUGCCUCGAUCCAUGCUUCGGAUGGCGGAUUAGAAAAGCUCUUCCGAGGUGGUACUGGAAUUCAAAUGAGACAUACAGAAGCUGGAGAAGAAUUGGAAACUCUACGUCUUCAUACACCAUAUUUCGUUGCAGUAGAUCAAAGAAAUGGAAAUAUAUUAGUAUCAGAUUGGGCGAAUCACGAUAUCAAAAUUUUUGACAAAAAGGGAAAUUGUCUUGCGUGCAUAACAUCCUGCAUAGUUCCCCAAAUGAGUCAAAUCAGUUCAAGGCAAAAGUUUUUAAACCCGGCUGGUGUCUGUGUGGACGCGGACGGUAACGUGUUUGUGGCUGACCAUGGUCAUAACAGGAUCGCUAUGUUUAAUGACAAUUGGGAAUUUCAAAGAUUUGUUGCAACUGAACAGAAUGGACUUCGAAGUCCAUGGUCAAUCGUUGCAGAUGGUAAUGGAAGGGUUAUCGUCACGGAAUAUUGGACAAAAAUCAUCAAGUCUUUUAGAUACAGAUGAAUGUCACACCAACUUAUGUACAAACGUUUGCUGAUACCAAUGACUUUUCGGGCAAUCUAAUUAAAAUUGCGCAAAUGAAUUUAAGCUCCACAGUUGUGCAUACUGCAUACUUUUGUUAGAAAUGUAAUUAACUUUAUAAUAAAUUUUGCUAAUAAUAAAAGUCUUCACUCUG